CGAUUUUUAUGUGACAGUCGGCAGUCUAGCAACGGAGUACCAUAACGCGAUGGAAAGUGGAAAUUCCACUUUCUCCGAUAUAUGUCUUAUCUUCUCGUCGUUGCAGUUGUCGACAUCUUUUUUUAAACAUACACGAAAAACGGAGACAGUUUAUUAAUUUUUUUUUGUAGUUCGUUAUUUGUCACUGUGUUUUUCAGCGACAAUACUGAUAAACUUGACUUUUAAUUCAGUUUACGUCAAUCGCGGAGUGAUGUUUAAAAAGUGGUGCAUGUUGAAUCUCUAAUUUGAUUGACGAGCAUAUUUUAUUUGAAAUAAAUCUGAUUACAUAAAAAACGAACAAUCAAUUGACCGGCCGAUUUCGGAAUAUUUGUGAUUGCGAUGCUAUUCAUAUUAUAAAACGCAUUUUUCGUGUCAACGAUAAUGGCAUUCUUCAUAUCAGUUAUGUUUAUCAAAGACGUCAGACAUCACAAUAUACCCAAUUCGGAAACACUUGCGCUCUAAGAAUAUCAAGAGCAACCUGCCACAGUAUUUGAACAAAUUCUCACGUUUGUUAUGGCUCAUUUAAUUGUGAUUAUUUGUGUCGUAUACUCCUUGGUUACUAUCCAAAGAGUAGAAUCAUCUUUGCAGUAUCCCAAACUUCUAGUUGUAUCUUACGAUGGAUUCAGAUAUGACUACUUGAACAGAAACUUAACAACGUUUAUGAAUGGUGUGAAAAACAAUGGGACCUAUGCGGAUUACAUGAUUAAUGCAUUUGUUACCAAAACAUAUCCUAAUCACCAUACCAUUGCAACUGGAUUUUACACAGAGACUCACGGCGUAUUAGACACUAUUGUCUAUGUCGCUAAUAAAACUAUAGGCGAUUCCCCGGAGCUCUUUCAAUAUGACAAAAAUAUACUUCCGAUUUGGACAAUCAAUGAACAAGCAGGAAAAGGAAGACAUUCGGGUACUGUAAUGUGGCCUGGUGCUCAGUACAAGUACAAUGAAACGUCACCUGCAUUCGUGGAAACGUUCAACAUGUCUGUGCCCUGGAAAUCACGAAUCGACAGCAUAAUUUCUUGGUUCUUACAUCCGGUGACACCCAUCAAUUUUGGGGUUUUGUACAUAGAAGAACCAGAUUUUCACGGUCAUGUCUACGGCGUGAACGCACCAGUAAUAAAUGAGAUGCUUAAGAAACUCGACCUCGUUACUAAGUAUCUUCACGAAAAGCUGCAGGAGAAUAAACUGGACGACGUGAACGUCGUCCAUUUGAGUGAUCAUGGAAUGACCAGUGUGACGAUUGAUAAAAUUGUUAACGUAUCGAGUUACAUUGGUGAUAUUGGUUAUCAAUCAAUCUCUAAAAACACCAUUAUUAUGAUCACUCCAGAUCCAGGAAACGAGGAUAUCAUUUACCAGAAACUCAAAGCUGCAGCUACGGAAACAUCGAAGUUUGAUGUUUACAAACGUAAUGAAGUGCCGAAAAGAUACCAUUUUGAUAAUAAUCCCAGGGUAGGAGAUAUCGUCGUGAGCGCAAAAAGUGGCUAUGCUUUUGAGGACUUGUACUAUACGCUCGAUUAUUACAAGAAAACAUUCAACAUAACUGUGAACAACCAAUCGGAAUUUGGAGUGCACGGUUAUGAUAAUGAAGAUCCGAAUAUGCAUCCAAUUUUCUUUGCUCGAGGGCCAGCAUUCGUUAGUGAAUGCAAACUCGAGCCGUUCCAUAACGUCGAUCUGUUUCCGCUAUUUUGUAACAUCCUCGAACUGAAUUGUCCUCCGGUCAAUGGGACCCUGGAAUCGUUUUCGAAAUGCUUAAAGUCGUCAGUUCAUCCAGGAGAAAGCGAUAGUAAUACUAUUGCCAUAGUCAUCCCUUGUUUGCUCGUUAUCGCCGGCAUUAUUCUUCUUGUCAUAUAUUUUGUUCGGCAACGACGUAAGUUCAUGGGAACCCAAGGCCGGAGACCGUAUGAAGAAAUUGGAUAAUUUUACCCUGAAUAUAACACCAUCAAUCUAUUGGAUUUUAUGCGUAUUUCACGUAAAUUUUGUAUGUUACGCUUCGAGAACCGGAUGAUUUUCAUAAUAGAUUUUUCGUUAACGUAGAUUUGACAAAUUGUACGUGUACAUAUACAUUUUGGGAAACACGCUACCGUUGAAAAUUUGAAAUCAUUGUCGUGAAAUAUUUCGAUCAAUUUUUUCAUAUACUCUCAAGCAGACAGUUUUCGAAUGAACACAAUAUUUUUGAUUAGAUUGGCUCAAAUUGCCUACCGGAUUGAACAUAAAUCAAAUAAUGUUAAUUAUGCGAAUCAACAAGUUCUUGGCACCAAUGUCAUGUUGUAUAUUCAGCGAUUUCACUUUUUGAUAUGUCGAACCAUAUUUUUGAAUGAAAUCGAGUAUUCAGUGAUUUCAACUUUAUUCUUAGAAUUUGCUUGUUUUCUUGAAUGAUGUCGGGAUUUUGAGCGAACUUCUCAUUUUCCAAUUCUCAUUAAAAUCUCAGGUUUCAUUCAGAUGAGAACUUUUGUAGAUGAAUUAUAAAUUGAUCUGAUACUAAAGUUUUGAACGGUAGUGCACAUGGUAAAUUAUUUUUCUCAGAAUUCUGUGUGUAUUGUUAUAUGAUGAAAAGCGAGUGUUGUCAAUUGUAGUAGUUUGUGGAAUGAACACGUGAAAGUUUGUCCGGUUAAAAAAAACGCACUCGAUCGAUAACAUGUCGAAGAAAAUAUUAGCGGCAAUCAUUAUAGUGAUAAUCCGUACUCCGUGCGUUAUAAAUCAAAAAUGUAACAAUUAUGCCUCGGUUCCUCUACUCAAAUAGUUGAUAGAGUAAAAUAAAAUUAAUUUUGCAUGGACAUAGAUGUUGGAGAAUCGAAAAAAGUAAAGGAAAAUUCAUCGCAUUUAUCAAUGGUUUUCGUGAUAUCGAAGAAAUGUGAAAUUCUAUAGCUUGAAAAAGAUUUGGUCUAUUUGGGAAUCCGAAGGCCCGGUUGGAUUAUCUCCAUUGAGGGUCAAUCGAAAAAAAAAAAACACAGAAGAAUAAGCUUGAGAACAAUCAUAUCUGGUGUGUCAAUCUCUCACCCAGUGUAUUAUUUGGGAGUAAAAAUACGGGUAUUUACUCUGUGCUCAAUAUCCGAAAACGUUCGGUUUUCACGAAUCACAUUCAUACGUAAUUGCACAUGCUCAUUUUGUUAAGAUGGUGCGAAGGCAUUUAGAAUUGAAAGAUUUUGACCGAACAUUGUUGAAGGCUCCUCCUGGUAAAAAAUUUCUACGAGCAACGAGCUGUACAGGCUCACCAGUGAAUCACAAGCUUUGAUUUAUUUCUAUCUCAUAUAAUAUUUAUAGGAAUGAAAAUUCCGAGUGGUUAACAAAUUGAUACGCUAUUUUUAUUACAGUCGAUCCACUACUGGUUCACCUAGUCUAAAAAAUUGGAAUAUUUAUGACAAAAGCAAGGUUUUCAAUAAAUUUCAGUCAAAUGGACGAAAAAAUUUA